GCCCGCGGCUCCUCCCGCACAGGCUCCGCCGCUCCGCACCCGCGGCCGACAGGCUCGGCUCCUGCCUCUCCUGCCUUGCUCCCGCCGCGAUGUCCGCGCUGCUCCUGGCGCUGGCGAUGCUCUGGGGAUUACCGCCCGUCGCGGAGGCGCUGACAGCGGCAGCCCGCGGAGGUCCUGAGGAAGCAGAUUUCAAGUGCACCCCGAAUUUUGUCAGCUGCAUUGGUACCAACAAAUGCAUUCACUUGUCCCAGCUCUGCAAUGGUGUCUAUGACUGCUCUGAUGGGUAUGACGAGGGAGUUCAUUGCAGGGAACUGCUCCCCAGAUGCCAACAGAUGAAUUGCCAAUACAAAUGUGCCAUUACCAGGAACGGCACCAGGUGUUACUGUGGGGAGGGAUAUGAAACAAGCAGUGAUGGAAGAAGCUGCACAGAUAUGAAUGAAUGUAACACGUAUGGAAGCUGUAGCCAGACGUGUGUAAAUACUGAAGGAUCAUACACUUGCAGCUGUGUGGAGGGUUAUGUGCUUCAGCCUGAUAACAAGUCCUGCAAGGCCAAAAAUAAGCCUGCUGAUAGACCUCCUCUUCUUCUGGUUGCAAGCUCUGAAACAAUUGAGGUUUUAUAUCUUAAUGGAAGCAAAUUGUCUGCACGAACCCCUGUAAAAGGAUCUGCAGUACUGACAUUGGACUACAGCUACAGAGAGGACACAGUUUGUUGGAUUGAAUCAAGGGAUCUCUCAAGUCAGCUGAAGUGUUCCAAGAUAACCAAAGCUGGGAAGUUAACAGAGGAGUGGAUAAUAAACAUUGCUCAGUACCUUCACAAUGUACAGCAAAUAGCAAUCGACUGGAUCACGGGGAAUUUUUACUUUGUGGAUCACGUCAGUGACAGGAUCUUUGUUUGCAGCCAGAACGGGUCAGUGUGUGUCACCCUCAUCGAGCUGGAUCUCAAUAACCCCAAGGCCAUAGCUGUUGAUCCAUCAGCAGGAAAGCUUUUCUUUACAGACUACGGGAAUGCUGCCAAGGUGGAGAGAUGUGACAUGGAUGGAAUGAACAGGACGUGGAUAGUAGACUCUAAAAUUGAACAGCCUACUGCUCUUGCACUAGACCUCAUCAAUAAAUAUGUGUACUGGGUUGACAUAUAUCUGGAUAGCGUGGAAGUUGUUGACUAUCAAGGGAGAAGGAGGCACACGAUAAUUAAAGGCAGACAAAUUAGGCAUUUGUGUGGUUUGGCAGUAUUUGAAAACUAUUUAUAUACAGUUAAUUCAGAUAACCUCAGCAUUUUACGAAUAAACAGAUACAAUGGCAGUGAUGUUCAGGCUCUUGCUAGACUUGACAAUGCUAAAGAGAUCCGUGUGUACCAGAAAAGAACUCAAACUGCAGUCAAAAGCCACGCAUGUGAAGUGGACCCAUAUGGAAUGCCGGGGGGAUGUUCACACAUCUGUCUGCUCAGCAGCAGCUACAAAGCACGGACUUGUCGCUGCAGGACUGGCUUCAUCCUGGGGAGUGAUGGCAGGUCAUGCAAAAGACCAAAGAAUGAAUUGUUUCUUUUUUAUGGGAAGGGACGCCCAGGAAUAAUCCGGGGAAUGGACCUGAAUACCAAAGUAUCUGAUGAGUACAUGAUUCCUAUAGAGAACUUGGUCAAUCCUCGUGCUCUGGACUUCCACGCCGAAACCAAUUACAUUUACUUUGCUGAUACCACCAGUUUCCUAAUUGGACGACAGAAAAUUGAUGGCACGGAGCGAGAAACGAUCCUCAAAGAUGAUCUUGAUAAUGUAGAAGGCAUAGCAGUGGACUGGAUUGGAAAUAAUCUUUAUUGGACAAAUGAUGGCCACAGGAAAACAAUUGCUGUCGCCAGACUAGAAAAAGCUGCUCAGAGUAGAAAAACUUUGUUGGAGGGAGACAUGUCCCACCCUAGAGGAAUUGUUGUUGAUCCUGUCAAUGGGUGGAUGUAUUGGACAGACUGGGAAGAAGAUGAAAUAGAUGCCAGUGUGGGAAGGAUUGAGAAGGCCUGGAUGGACGGCUACAGUCGGCAGAUUUUUGUAACAUCAAAGAUGUUGUGGCCAAAUGGUUUAACUCUGGACUACCGUGCCAAUGUGUUGUACUGGUGUGAUGCCUAUUAUGAUCACAUUGAAAGGAUAUUUUUGAAUGGAACUGACAGGAAGGUAGUCUACAGUGGAAAAGAUUUGAAUCAUCCUUUUGGGCUAUCACACCAUGGAAAUUAUAUUUACUGGACAGAUUAUAUGAAUGGGUCAAUUUUCCAGUUGGAUCUGCUUACCAGGAAUGUGACAUUGUUGAGAAGUGAAAGACCACCUUUGUUUGGGCUCCAGAUUUAUGAUCCACGUAAACAGCAAGGUGACAAUGCAUGUCGUGUUAAUAAUGGAGGCUGCAGCACUCUGUGUUUGGCCAUUCCUGGAGGCAGAGUUUGUGCCUGUGCUGAUAAUCAGCUUUUGGAGGAAAACAGUACAACCUGCAUGAUUAAAGAUGAAGUGCCACCCCAGUUGUGCAAAGCUGAGCAGUUCCAGUGCAGCAAUAAACGGUGUAUCCAGGAUCGCUGGCGCUGCGACGGGGACGACGACUGUCUGGAUGGCAGUGAUGAACACUCUGAAAUCUGCUUCAAUCAUAGUUGUCCUGAUGAUCAGUUUAAGUGCCAAAAUAAUCGCUGCAUUCCCAAGAGGUGGCUUUGUGAUGGAGCCAAUGAUUGUGGUAAUAAUGAAGAUGAAUCAAAUAAAACUUGUGCAGCAAGAACGUGUCAGGUUGACCAAUUUUCCUGUGGGAACGGACGCUGCAUUCCGACAUCAUGGCUGUGUGACAGGGAGGAUGACUGCGGGGAUGGGACAGAUGAAAUGACAUCCUGUGAAUUCCCAACAUGUGAGCCACUAACUCAGUUUAUAUGCAGAAAUGGAAGAUGCAUUAGCAGCAAAUGGCUCUGUGAUUCAGAUGAUGACUGUGGUGAUGGAAGUGAUGAGCUGGGCUGCAUUCACUCCUGUUCUGCUGACCAGUUCAGGUGUCAUAAUGGUCGAUGUAUCCCGAGUCACUGGGCUUGUGAUGGUGACAAUGACUGUGGAGAUUUCAGUGAUGAAACCAAAGCAAACUGCAGCAAGGAAGAAACUCCCUCUCCUGGAAGGUGCAAUGGGAGGGAAUUUCAGUGCAGUCCUGAUGGGAACUGUGUGCCUGAGUUGUGGCGCUGUGACGGAGAAAAGGACUGUGAAGAUGGGAGUGAUGAAAAGGGCUGUAAUGGAACUAUCCGACUGUGUGAUGAAAAAACAAAGUUCUCCUGCCAGAGUACAGGGAGAUGCAUUAGCAAAGCGUGGCUUUGUGAUGGCGAUAUUGAUUGUGAGGAUCAGUCUGAUGAGGAUAAUUGCGAGGGCUAUAUGUGUGGACCACCAAAAUACCCUUGUGCUAAUGAUACCUCCAUCUGCCUACAGCCUGAGAAGCUCUGCAAUGGGAGAAGAGAUUGUCCUGAUGGAUCUGAUGAAGGCGAUCUUUGUGAUGAAUGUUCACUUAACAAUGGUGGAUGUAGCCAUCAAUGUUCUGUGGUUCCUGGAGGAAGAAUUGUGUGCUCCUGCCCUGCAGGAUUCAGUCUUGGUAUAGACAACAAAACUUGUGAGGUUAUGGAUUACUGUACCAAGCACCUGAAGUGCAGCCAAGUGUGUGAACAGCAUAAAAACACUGUCAAGUGCUCAUGUUAUGAAGGCUGGAAGCUCAGUAAGGAUGGAGAAAAUUGUGUUAGUACUGAUCCAUUUGAAGCUUUCAUAAUUUUUUCCAUUCGACAUGAGAUCAGAAAAAUUGAUCUUCACAAGCGUGACUACAGCCUCUUAGUUCCUGGGCUAAGAAAUACAAUAGCCCUUGACUUCCAUUUCAGUCAGAGUUUACUGUACUGGACAGAUGUGGUAGAGGACAAAAUUUACAGAGGCAAGCUCUCUGACACUGGAGGUGUUAGUGCCAUUGAGGUUGUGGUACAACAUGGCCUGGCCACACCUGAAGGUCUCACUGUAGAUUGGAUUGCAGGAAACAUAUACUGGAUAGACAGCAAUUUGGACCAGAUUGAAGUAGCAAAACUAGAUGGCACUCUGAGAACAACAUUAAUAGCUGGAGCUAUGGAACAUCCAAGGGCUAUUGCUUUGGAUCCCAGAUAUGGGAUUCUGUUUUGGACAGACUGGGAUGCAAAUUUUCCUCGCAUUGAAUCUGCUUCCAUGAGCGGAGCAGAAAGAAAAAUCAUAUAUAAAGAUAUGGAUACUGGAGCCUGGCCUAAUGGCCUUACUGUAGAUCACUUUGAAAAAAGAAUAGUGUGGACAGAUGCCAGGUCGGAUGCCAUUUAUUCUGCACUGUAUGAUGGAACUGGCAUGAUAGAGAUCAUACGGGGUCACGAAUAUCUUUCUCACCCUUUUGCUGUUUCUUUGUAUGGGAGUGAAGUUUAUUGGACAGAUUGGAGAACCAAUACACUGGCAAAAGCCAAUAAGUGGACUGGCCAGAAUGUCAGUGUAAUACAAAAAACAAGUGCUCAACCAUUUGAUCUUCAGAUCUACCAUCCAAGUCGUCAACCACAAGCUUCCAAUCCAUGUGCUGCUAAUGAGGGCAGAGGUCCAUGUUCUCACAUGUGUUUGAUCAAUCACAACAGAAGUGCUGCCUGUGCCUGUCCACACCUGAUGAAACUGUCUUUAGACAAGAAAACAUGUUACGAAAGAAAGAAAUUUCUUCUCUAUGCAAGACGUUCAGAAAUAAGAGGGGUGGACAUAGAAAACCCAUAUUUCAACUUCAUCACAGCCUUCACUGUUCCUGACAUUGAUGAUGUGACAGUCAUAGAUUUCGAUGCUGUUGAGGAACGCUUAUACUGGACUGAUGUGAAAACACAGACCAUCAAACGUGCCUUCAUCAAUGGGACUGGCUUAGAAACCAUUAUUUCAAGAGAUAUUCAGAGUAUCAGAGGUCUUGCAGUGGAUUGGAUAUCACGUAAUUUAUAUUGGAUUAGCUCGGAAUUUGAUGAAACACAAAUUAACGUGGCACAUUUAGAUGGUUCCUUGAAAACCUCAAUCAUCCAUGGAAUCGAUAAACCUCAGUGUCUUGCAGUUCACCCAGUGAAAGGUAAACUCUACUGGACCGACGGUAACACAAUUAACAUGGCAAACAUGGAUGGCAGCAACAGCAAAAUACUCUUCCAGAAUCAAAAAGAUCCUGUUGGUCUGUCAAUAGAUUAUGGGGAGAACAAGCUUUACUGGAUCAGUUCAGGAAAUGGAACCAUAAAUAGAUGCAAUUUGGAUGGUGGUAAUCUUGAAAUAAUAGAAUCAAUGAAAGAAGACUUAACAAAAGCCACAGCUUUAACCAUUAUGGAUAAAAAGCUUUGGUGGGCAGACCAGAACUUAGCUCAGAUCGGAACCUGCAAUAAAAAGGAUGGAAGAAACCCAACUGUCCUGAGAAACAAAACUUCAGGUGUUGUACAUAUGAAAGUGUAUGAUAAAGCAGCACAACAAGGCAGUAAUUCCUGUCAGUUAAACAACGGUGGAUGUUCCCAGCUUUGCCUACCAACAUCAGAAACCACCAGGACUUGUGUGUGUACAGUGGGCUACAACCUUCAAAAAAACCGCAUGGCUUGCAAAGGUAUCGAAUCAUUUCUCAUGUAUUCUGUUCAUGAAGGAAUAAGAGGAAUUCCUCUUGAUCCAAAUGAUAAAAUGGAUGCUUUAAUGCCUAUAUCUGGGACUUCAUUUGCUGUGGGCAUAGACUUCCAUGCAGGAAAUGAUACAAUCUAUUGGACAGACAUGGGUUUCAACAAAAUUAGCAGAUCUAAGCGAGACCAAACAUGGAAAGAAGACAUUAUUACAAAUGGUUUGGGAAGAGUUGAAGGCAUUGCAGUGGACUGGAUAGCAGGUAACAUAUAUUGGACGGAUCAUGGCUUCAACUUAAUUGAAGUUGCCAGGCUCAACGGCUCGUUCCGAUAUGUGAUUAUAUCCCAGGGCUUGGACCAGCCAAGAUCCAUCGCAGUACACCCAGAAAAAGGGUAUUUGUUUUGGACAGAGUGGGGACAGACUCCUUGCAUAGGCAGGGCACGCUUAGAUGGGUCUGAGAAGGUUGUCCUUGUGAGCCUGGGGAUUGCGUGGCCUAAUGGGAUUUCCAUCGACUACGAGGAAAAUAAAUUAUAUUGGUGUGAUGCUCGUACCGACAAGAUAGAAAGAAUUGACCUUGAGAGUGGAGGGAAUCGGGAGAUUGUGCUGUCAGGGAGCAAUGUGGAUAUGUUUUCAGUUGCGGUGUUUGGAGCUUACAUCUACUGGUCUGACAGAGCACAUGCAAAUGGCUCUAUUAGAAGAGGCCACAAGAAUGAGGCCACGGAUGCUGUGACCAUGAGGACUGGCCUUGGAAUAAACCUGAAGGAAGUGAAAGUCUUUAAUAGAGCACGAGAGAAAGAUUUUAUUUUUUUUUCUUUUACAGGCACCAAUGUGUGUGCCAAGAAUAACGGUGGGUGUCAUCAGCUUUGCCUUUAUCGUGGAAACGCACGGAGAACAUGUGCUUGUGCACAUGGAUAUCUUGCAGAAGAUGGAAUUAGUUGCCUGAGACAUGAAGGCUACCUGUUGUACUCAGGAAGGACCAUAUUAAAAAGCAUUCACCUUUCUGAUGAGACCAACUUGAAUUCACCAAUAAGGCCAUAUGAAAAUCCAGAGUACUUCAAAAACGUCAUAGCUCUGGCUUUUGACUACAGCCUGAAGGGAAGGGGCACAAACCGCAUAUUCUUCAGUGAUGCACACUAUGGAAAUAUUCAAGUGAUUAAAGACAACUGGGCUGGCAGAAAAGUGCUAAUUGAAAAUGUUGGGUCAGUGGAGGGACUUGCUUAUCACAGAGCUUGGGACACCCUGUAUUGGACCAGUUCCACCACAUCCUCCAUCACGAGACACACCGUUGACCAGAGGCGUCGAGGGGCUUUCAACCGGGAAGCCGUAAUAACCAUGUCAGAGGAUGAUCAUCCACACGUGCUGGCUCUGGAUGAAUGCCAAAACUUAAUGUUUUGGACUAACUGGAAUGAGCAGCUCCCAAGCAUCAUGAGAUCUACCCUCUCAGGCAAAAAUGCACAGGUUAUCAUUAGUACAGAUAUUCUGACACCAAAUGGACUGACCAUUGAUCACAGGGCGGAGAAACUUUACUUUUCAGAUGGCAGCUUGGGAAAAAUUGAGAGGUGUGAAUAUGAUGGAUCACAAAGAUAUGUAAUUGUGAAGUCUGGACCAGGCACGUUUCUCAGCCUGGCUGUGUAUGAUGAAUACAUCUUCUGGUCAGAUGGGGUGAGGAGAGCUAUCCUGCGUUCCAGUAAAUACACAGGAGGAGACACAAAAGUUCUUCGUUCUGAUAUCCCACAUCAGCCAAUGGGUAUUAUUGCUGUUGCCAAUGACACCAACAGUUGUGAGUUAUCUCCUUGUGCACAAAUGAAUGGAGGUUGUCAUGAUUUGUGCCUUCUGACACCUGACGGGCGAGUGAACUGCUCGUGUAGAGGGGACAGAAUUCUGAUAGAUGAUAACAGAUGUGUGACUAAAAAUUCUACUUGCAACAUCUAUUCAGAGUUUGAAUGUGGAAAUGGUGAAUGCAUUGAUUAUCAGCUGACUUGUGAUGGCAUUGCUCAGUGUAAGGACAAGUCCGAUGAGAAACUUUUCUACUGUGAAAAUAGAGGCUGUCGGAAGGGUUUCAAACCAUGUUCUAAUCGUCGCUGCAUUUCAAGUAAUAAAGUGUGUGAUGGUGUAAAUGACUGUGGUGACAACUCUGAUGAAUUUGACUGUAAAGAUUCAACGUGUGCUUCGACAGAAUUCCGUUGUGCAGAUGGGACUUGCAUUGGAAAAUCAGCGCAGUGCAACCAGAUCAUUGAUUGUGCAGAUGCUUCAGAUGAAAAGAACUGCAAUAAUACAAACUGUGCUUACUUCUAUAAACUUGGAAUAAAAUCUUCAGGAUUUAUUAGCUGUAAUUCAACUUCCCUUUGUAUACUGCCAGAGUGGAUAUGUGAUGGAUCUAAUGACUGUGGAGAUUAUACAGAUGAACUAAAAUGCCCAGUUCAAAACAAACCCACAUGUGAAGAAAAUUAUUUUGGUUGUCCUAGUGGAAGAUGUAUUCUGACCACCUGGCUUUGUGAUGGGCAGAAAGACUGUGAGGACGGAGUAGAUGAAUUGCACUGUGAUUCGUCCUGCUCAUGGAAUCAAUUUGCUUGCUCUGCAAACAAAUGCAUCUCUAAGCAGUGGAUUUGUGAUGGUGAGGAUGACUGUGGAGAUGGUUUAGAUGAGAGUGAUGCUAUUUGUGGCUCAGUGACCUGUGCAGCAGACACCUUCAGCUGCUUGGGCUCCCAUGCCUGUGUUCCUCGGCACUGGCUUUGUGAUGGUGAGAGAGACUGUCCCAAUGGAAGUGAUGAGCUGUCCACAGCAGGCUGUGCUCCUAAUAACACUUGUGACGAGAAUGCUUUCAUGUGCCAUAACAAAGUCUGCAUUCCCAAACAGUUUGUUUGUGACCAUGAUGAUGACUGUGGAGAUGGAUCAGAUGAAUCUCUGGAAUGUGGAUAUCGUCACUGUCGUCCUGGAGAGUUCACCUGUGCUGAUGGAAGAUGCCUGUUAAAUUCCCAGUGGCAAUGUGAUGGGGAUUUUGACUGCCCAGACCAUUCUGAUGAAGCACCUCUCAACAUCAAAUGCAAAAGUUCAGAGCAGUCAUGUAACAGCUCUUUUUUUAUGUGCAAAAAUGGCAAGUGCAUUCCUCAAAGUGAUGUUUGUGAUAACAAAGAGGAUUGUAGUGAUGGGUCUGAUGAGAAAAGCUGCCACACUAAUGAAUGCCUCAGUAAGAAAGUUAGUGGCUGUUCACAGGAUUGUCAGGAUCUUCCUGUUGGAUACAAGUGCAAAUGCUGGCCUGGAUUCCUCCUGAAGGAUGAUGGCAAAACAUGUGUAGAUAUUGAUGAGUGUUCAUCUGGAUUUCCCUGUAGCCAGCAAUGCAUCAAUACAUAUGGAACCUACAAAUGCUUGUGUGCAGAAGGGUAUGAAAUACAACCUGAUAACCUCAAUGGCUGCAAAUCCCUUUCAGAUGAGGAACCUUUCUUAAUUCUGGCUGAUCAUCAUGAAAUAAGAAAAAUUAGCACUGAUGGAUCCAACUACACUUUGUUGAAACAGGGGCUGAACAAUGUGAUUGCAGUAGACUUUGACUAUAGAGAAGAGUUCAUCUAUUGGAUUGAUUCCAGCAGACCAAAUGGCAGUCGCAUAAACAGAAUGUCUUUAGAUGGAAGUGACAUCAAGGUAAUCCACAAUACAGCUGUUCCCAAUGCACUGGCUGUCGAUUGGAUUGGGAAGAAUCUCUAUUGGUCUGACACUGAAAAGAGAAUUAUUGAGGUGUCUAAACUCAAUGGUUUAUACCCAACUGUCCUUGUGAGCAAGAGGGUGAAGUUUCCCAGAGAUCUCUCCUUAGAUCCUCAAGCUGGAUACUUAUACUGGAUUGAUUGCUGUGAGUACCCUCACAUUGGCCGUGUUGGGAUGGAUGGAUCCAGACAAACCGUUAUCAUAGAGACACAGAUAUCCAGACCUAUGGCUCUUACAAUAGACUAUGUCAACCACAGGCUGUAUUGGGCUGAUGAAAAUCACAUUGAGUUUUCUGACAUGGAUGGAUCUCACAGGCAUAAAGUCCCUAAUCAGGACAUUCCAGGGGUGAUUGCACUAACGUUGUUUGAAGACUACAUCUACUGGACAGACGGGAAAACCAAAUCGCUCAGCCGUGCCCACAAAACCUCUGGAUCAGACAGACUGUCACUGAUUAACUCAUGGCACACCAUAACAGACAUCCAGGUGUAUCAUUCUUACAGGCAACCUGAUGUGUCUAAACACGUGUGUACACUAAACAAUGGUGGUUGCAGUCACUUGUGCCUUCUGGCCCCUGACAAGAUGUACACGUGUGCCUGUCCCACCAACUUCUACCUGGCUGCUGAUAACAAGACGUGUCUGUCGAACUGCACGGCCAGUCAGUUCCGUUGCAAAACUGACAAGUGUAUCCCGUUCUGGUGGAAGUGUGACACUGUGGAUGACUGUGGGGAUGGCUCUGAUGAGCCUCCAGAAUGCCCUGAAUUCAGAUGUCAACCAGGACGUUUUCAGUGUGGAACUGGACUUUGUGCUCUUCCAGCCUUUAUCUGUGAUGGAGAGAAUGAUUGUGGGGACAAUUCUGAUGAACUGAACUGUGACACACAUGUGUGUCUGUCAGGUCAGUUCAAGUGCACAAAAACUCAGAAGUGCAUUCCAAUAAACCUGAGAUGCAAUGGACAGGAUGACUGUGGUGAUGAAGAAGAUGAAAGAGACUGUCCUGAAAACAGUUGUUCUCCAGACCAUUUCCAGUGUAAAACAACAAAGCACUGCAUUUCCAAACUGUGGGUAUGUGAUGAAGACCCAGAUUGUGCUGAUGGAUCAGAUGAAGCCAACUGUGAUAAAAAAACUUGUGGACCUCAUGAGUUCCAGUGCAAAAACAACAACUGCAUUCCAGACCAUUGGAGAUGUGACAGCCAGAAUGAUUGUGGAGAUAAUUCUGAUGAAGAAAACUGUAAGCCUCAAACAUGCACUUUGAAAGACUUUCUGUGUGCGAAUGGAGACUGUGUUUCAGCGAGAUUCUGGUGUGAUGGAGACUAUGACUGUGCAGAUGGCUCAGAUGAGAGGUAUUGUGAAACAGGCUGUUCAAGGGAUCAGUUCCAGUGCUCCAAUGGUCAGUGCAUAUCAGCGAAGUGGAAAUGUGAUGGUCACGAAGACUGCAAACUUGGGGAUGACGAGAAAAAUUGUGUACCAGCAUCUCCAACCUGCUCUUCAAGUGAGUAUGUGUGUGCAAGUGGAGGCUGCGUUUCAGCAUCUUUGAAGUGCAAUGGAGAGUACGACUGUGCUGAUGAAUCUGAUGAGAUGGAUUGUGUAACAGAAUGUAAAGAAGAUCAGUUUCGAUGUAAAAAUAAGGCCUACUGUAUCCCUGUCAGAUGGCUUUGUGAUGGGAUCCAUGACUGUGUGGAUGGCAGUGAUGAAGAAAACUGUGACCAAGGGGGAAAUAUAUGUAGAGCUGAUGAGUUUUUGUGCAAUAAUUCCCUCUGCAAACUACAUUUUUGGGUUUGUGAUGGUGAGGAUGACUGUGGAGAUAACUCUGAUGAAGUUGCUGAAAUGUGUGUAAAGUUUCCAUGCCCUCCAACAAGACCGUUCAGAUGUAGAAACAACAGGGUUUGUCUGCGACCUGAGCAGAUUUGCAAUGAGGUCGAUGACUGUGGUGAUAACUCGGAUGAAGAUCACUGUGAUAAAAUCACAUACAAACCAAGACCAUGUAAAAAAGAUGAGUUUGCUUGUAAUGAUAAGAAAUGUAUUCCGAUGGAGCUGCAGUGCGACUGGUUUGAUGACUGUGGAGAUGGUUCAGAUGAGCAAGACUGCAAAAUAAGUGUUGCUGAAUAUACAUGUGAAGAUAAUGUGAAUCCUUGUGGAGAUGAUGCAUACUGUAAUCAGACAAAAACAUCCCUUUUGUGUCAGUGUAAACCUGGCUUUCAGAGAAACAGGAGGAAUAGACAAUGUGAAGAUAUCAAUGAGUGUAUGGUAUUUGGUGCCUGCUCCCAACACUGCAAUAAUAUUAAGGGGUCAUACAGAUGUGCAUGUGAGAAAAAUUAUAAGGAGAGGAAUAACAGUUGCAUAGCAAAAGGCUCUGAAGAUCAAGUUCUCUAUGUUGCUAAUGACACUGACAUCCUGGGUUUUGCAUAUCCAUUCAACUACAGUGAUGCUCAUCAGCAAAUAUCACAUAUUGAACAUAAUUCAAGGAUAACUGGAAUGGAUGCAUAUUUUCGAGGGGAUAUGAUUGUUUGGAGUACUCAGUUUAAUCCAGGAGGGAUUUUCUACAGAAAACUUCACGACAGGGAGAGAAGGCAAAGUAACAGUGGCUUGAUAUGCCCAGAAUUCAAAAGGCCCAGGGGCAUUGCUGUUGACUGGGUGACUGGAAAUAUUUACUGGACUGAUCACUCCCGGAUGCAUUGGUUCAGCUACUACACCACUCACUGGACCAGCCUGAGAUACUCCAUCAAUGUGGGUCAACUGAACGGGCCCAACUGCACCAGGCUCCUCACCAGCAUGGCAGGAGAACCAUAUGCAAUUGCUGUAAAUCCUAAAAGGGGGAUGAUGUACUGGACAGUUAUUGGGGAUCGCUCUCACAUAGAGGAAUCAUCUAUGGAUGGCACUCUGAGAAGGAUAUUGGUUCAAAAGAACUUACAAAGACCUACAGGCCUCGUAGUUGAUCAGUUCAGUCAGCGCCUGUUCUGGGCUGAUUUUGAAUUAUCUGUUAUUGGGAGUGUCCUUUUUGAUGGUUCUGACUCAGUUGUGUCUGUGAGCACUAAACAAGGUUUGCUGCAUCCACAUAGAAUUGACAUUUUUGAGGAUUACAUAUAUGGAGCAGGUCCUAAAAAUGGUGCAUUUAGAGUACACAAAUUUGGCAGGAGCCUUGUGGAAUAUCUAAGUGUGGAUGUUGAUAAAGCAAAAAGUGCCUUGAUUUUUCACCGCUACAAACAGAUGGACUUGCCUAAUCCAUGCUUGGACCUGACUUGUGAAUUCAUUUGUUUACUCAACCCUUCUGGUGCAACAUGUGCUUGUCCAGAAGGAAAAUCAUUGAUGAAUGGAACAUGCAUUGAUCAAAGCCUCUUAGAUGGCACCUGUAAAUUAACCUGUGAGAAUGGAGGAAAGUGCAUUAUAAACGAGAAGGGGGAUCCCCGAUGUCACUGCUGGCCAAGUUACUCUGGUGAAAGGUGUGAAACAAACCAUUGCUACAACUACUGCCAGAAUGGAGGAACCUGUGGAGCCUCUCUCCUUGGUCGGCCGACCUGCAACUGCGCGCUGGGUUUUACGGGGCCAAACUGCAACCAGACGGUCUGUGAGCGCUUCUGCCAAAACGGGGGGACCUGCAGUGUCACCACUGGGAACCAGCCCUUCUGCACCUGCUUGCCUGAGUAUACAGGAGACAGGUGCCAGUAUUAUGUUUGCCAUCAUUACUGUGUGAAUUCUGAAUCCUGUACUAUUUCUGAUGAUGGAAGUGUAGAAUGUGUCUGUCCAGUACGGUUUGAAGGUCCAAAAUGUGAAGUGGACAAGUGCAUCAGGUGCCACGGGGGACACUGCAUAAUAAACAAGGGCAGCAGUGACAUAGUAUGCAAUUGCACUAAUGGAAAGAUUGCCUCUACCUGCCAACUGUGUGAUGGCUACUGUUACAAUGGUGGUACAUGUCAGCUGGACCCAGAGACAAACAUUCCUGUCUGUCUAUGCUCUGUGGGGUUUAAAAGUCAGCGCUGUGACCAGAAAGUGAACCCUUGUGAUUACUACUGUCAGAAUGAGGGAAUUUGCACUUUAACCACGUUUAAUGAACCGAGAUGCAAAUGUUCAGCCAACUGGUCAGGCACACAGUGUGAGAGGCCAGCUCCCAAAAGCAGCAAGUCUGACAAUAUCAGUACAAGAAGCAUAGCAAUCAUUGUUCCUCUUGUUUUACUGGUGACUUUGAUCACUACUCUGGUAAUUGGACUAUUUCUUUGCAAAAGAAAACGAAGGACAAAAACUAUCAGAAGACAACCCAUGAUAAAUGGAGGAAUCAAUGUAGAAAUCGGCAAUCCAUCCUAUAAUAUGUAUGAGGUGGGCCAUGACCACAGUGAAGGUGGUCUUUUAGCUUCAGAUUUUACUGUAAAUGCAGAAAAGGCCAGAUACAUAGGGGGAGGGCCCACUGCAUUCAAGCUUCCCCACACAGCUCCAUCAAUCUACCUAAACUCUGACUUGAAAGGACCACUAUCAACAGGGCCAACAAAUUACGCCAAUCCAGUAUAUGCAAAGUUAUACGUGGAUGGACAAAACUGUCGAAACUCCUUAGCAAGUGUUGAUGAAAGAAGAGAACUUCUUCCAAAGAAAAUAGAUAUUGGGAUAAGGGAGACUGUGGCAUAAUCUGCUGUUACCUUUUAUACUCUGUAUAAAUGUAUAAAAUAUAAGGAUUACUUUUCUAUGUACCAACAGUAUUAUAAUUGUUUUGGCAUCAGCAUUACCUCUGUUUUUUGUUUGGUUGAUUGUUUUCUGGGUUUUUCUUUUGCUGAUGACUUUUGACUGACCAUUUGUAAGGUAUUUUUAUGAAAAAGAAACUGCACUACGGUACAAUUUACAACAAUGCUGCUGAAAUAACACACCUUUAAAUUUGUUAAAAUGGCAAAAAAAGUAUUCGUUUGUAGCGUGAAAAUGAGCAAUCUAUUUUCUAUGAACUUUUUUGGUUCUACUUAAUCAAUGAAGAUGGUAUCUGCACUUUUUCAUUAUGUAGUCUGGAAGCUGUAGUACAGUGUGUAACUUUGUUUAUUUUAAAUGGUGAAAGAAUGAUUGAAUGGUCUACUCUCUUCUUUGUGCCCAUUAGAAUUUCUCUUCAGAUCCUGAUGAAGCUAGAUAACUUUUCACAAACAUACAUAACUUGCUUUUAAAUUAGCUUUAGGUUGCCAAGAAGUAAACAAGACUAUAGAAAUGAGACAUCUAAUGAUCUGCAUGAACACAAUGAUUAUGUUUCAGAAAUUCAGUGACUGUACAUGAUAUACUAAACAUAUAUACCAUGUAAACAAGCUUUGUAUUUAUUAAAACCUUAUAGAACAUAGUAAAGAUAUAUCUUGGAAGCUGAAACCUUACUUGCUGUGGGACAAAGCAUCUGAACUCCAACAGUCCUGUAGGACAGUAGCCACCCUAGAGCACAAGAGGGCAUUGCCUACACAUGUGUUAUGUUUUUUCACUUAAUCACACGCAUUACUUACGGAUUAAUAAUUCCCCAACACGUACCGAGCAGUAGGGAAAAAGCCAAACCCCAAACCUUAAGCACACUCAGAUGAUCACAGCAUUUGGUUUUGACAAUCGCAAAAAAAAGCCCCUCACGCCUGUUUAUGAUAUUAAAGAAUUCAAAACACAGCAGUUUCUUUAAAUUAAGAUAAACUCUGGUAUUGUGGAGGUAAAACGAACCAAACUGCAUAUUAGUGAAACCUUACCAAAGCCCAAGUUUCAGUAGCCUGGGUUAAAUGUCAAAAUCCAAUUAUCAAAAGUGAAAAGCAUCAGUAUCAGUUUCCAGCACUUCUCUGACCUGGUCUGCUUUCUGUUGUUGCUAAGAGGCAAAAUCUGACUCACCUUUUUUAAUUUUGAUGGAAAUAAAGAAUACAAUUGCUUUCAGGUUUGAACUGAAUCGAAAUAUUUUAUACAUAACUUUAAAGGCACAAAAGACAUAUUCACACAUAUACUGUGGAGGAUUCUUCCUUCCUCUGCUAGACAUGACUGACUUUUAGCUAUCAUAAUAUAUUAACCUAACAGAUUAAAUAUGUUUGUGGUUGCUCUUUAUUCCCUUUGUACAAGCAUUACAAAAAUAACUGCUGUUUUAUAAAAAAUUUUUGUUGUACUAUUGUGCAUGCAUACUACCUAUUUCUAAACUUUGCCAUAUUGGGGCCUUUAUAAAACUCUUGAUUUAUGUAAUACUAGUGCAAUUUUGCUUGAACAAUGUUAUGCAUAUCAUAAACUUUUUCAGGUUCUUGUUUAAGUACAUUUUUUUAAAUUGAACAGUAUUUUUCAUUUUGGUUAUAAUAGUCAUUUUGCCUAUGUUUCUACAAUGAAGUGUUAAUACUUUAUAAAAAAAUUGUUGACUGAUUUAUUUAAAUGAAAAUCUACAUACUUAAUUCAGUGUGUUGACUAAUUUUUAAAUUUAACUUAUAAAAUGAAAGCUAAAGAAAGAGCAAAAUUGAAGCGAAGAACAUUACUUUGUACAAAUGGCUAAAUCCCUUUUCCUAAUGACAGUUUUUGCUUUUUAUACAAAUUCUGUUUGAAUGUUUUUGCAGCUCUGCACGUCUUUGGAUAACUUAGGUGUAUAGCUGUACAUUAUGUCAAUAGAAUUUUAAAACUAUUAUUUUUUCUAUAAAAAUACUGUAUUAAAUAGUUUCAUACCACA